AUGUUUGUAGUUAGAAUUAUUAAAAGUAAAAUUAACAACGUCGGUAAUUUACUGCCAACGAGUUCAAGACAAGUUCACAAUUACAAUCAUUUAUAUAAAAACAUUAGUGAAGAUAAUGUUAAAGUUGUUAUUCGUGGUGAAUCUCUGCAAUUUCCCAACGUGUGGUUGAGGGAAAACUGUCAAUGUAAAGAAUGUUACCACAAUUCUGCACAAAGCAGGAUACUUGAUUGGAGUAAAUUCAACCUCAACGUCAAACCGACUAAUGUGCGGGAAAAUGAAAACACAAAUUCUCUGCAUGUCACCUGGGACGAUGGACAUGUUUCAGAAUACAACUUCAACUGGUUAAAGUUUAGAAGUUUCACACCGGCAAACCAGAAGAAAUACACAGAAACUAUUUAUAAACCUAAGAAUAUUACAUGGCACGGCAAAGACUUUAGUAAAAUAUUGUACAAACAGGAUUACAAUGAUAUCCUAAACUCUGAUGCAGCUCUUUACGACUGGCUACACAUGCUUUCAAUUUAUGGUGUUGCAUUGAUUCAAAAUACACCCCCCAGUGAAACAGCUGUAGAUGAUGUAGUAAAAAAGAUUGGCUUCGCUAAACAGACGCAUUACGGAUCCAAGUUUGUCGUACAGCACGUUGAAAAUACUAGUAACGUUGCAUAUUUGUCGAGCAACUUACAAUUACAUACCGACUUGCCUUACUACGAGUACUGCCCGGGAACAAACCUGUUACACUAUCUAGUUCAAACCGUUAGUCAAGGGGGUGAUAACUUAUUAUCAGACUGUCACUAUACUGCUAACUACAUGAAGGAAAAUCACCAUGAACAAUAUGAAAUAUUAACGAACGUUGAAGUCGAAUGGAGGGAUGUUGGAACUGAAUUUGGAAAUGAUUUUUUUAAACUACAUCGCGCUCCUGUCAUAUGUUUGGACCGUCAUGAAGAAAUAACAAGAAUUAACUUUUCAAUACCCCAAAGAGGGAGUCACUUUCCUGGGCCUAUAGAAUUAGUUAAGCCUUGGUAUGAAGCUCAUAGUUUGUUUUGGAAUUUAAACCACAAGUUUGCGGCGAAGUUUAAAGCCUGUUCUGGUGACAUUCUAGCUUUUAACAACAUCAGACUGUUGCAUGGCCGCAGUGCAUACGAGGACAGUUCUGAUAAUGUCAGAAAAAUUAUCGGUACCUAUCUCGACUGGGAUGAGAUUUACUCAAGACUGAGAUGUUUAAAAGUGAAGUUAAAAAACGAGGAUGGUUUAUGCUGA